CGCUCACCCUCCGUUGCCCUCCUCCACCGCUCAGGACGGGGGUGCCAAGAUGCCCCGCUUCUGCGCAGGGCCCCGGGCCGCCCCCGACGUGUGACCCCAGCCUGGUCCCCCUGCUCGGCCGUCCGCCCUCCCCUUGGAGACCCCCGGCCCGGUCCCCGGGGGAGGAGGAAGACGACGAGGCCGAGGGGGGGAUGUCCGGCUCCAAAAGCGUGAGCCCUCCGGGCUACGCGGCGCAGACAGCUGCGGCGCCGGCACCCCGGGGAGGCCCAGAGCACCGCUCGGCAUGGGGGGAGGCCGAUUCCCGCGCCAAUGGUUACCCCCAUGCCCCUGGGGGUUCCACCCGCAGCUCCACCAAGAAACCCGGUGGGUCGGUGACCCCGCAGCAGCAGCGCCUGGCCGGCCGCUGGCGCAGCGACGACGACGACGAUCCUCCGCUGAGUGGUGACGACCCCCUGGCCGGGGGCUUCGGCUUCAGCUUCCGUUCCAAGUCCGCCUGGCAGGAGCGCGGCGGCGACGACUGCGGUCGCGGCAGCCGGCGGCAGCGGCGGGGCGCGGCCGGCGGGGGCAGCACCCGGGCGCCCCCUGCGGGCGGCGGCGGCGGUUCGGCGGCAGCGGCAGCUGCGGCGGGCGGGACGGAGGUGCGCCCCCGUUCGGUGGAGCUGGGCCUGGAGGAGCGACGGGGCAAGGGUCGCGCGGCCGACGAAGUAGAGGCUGGCGCCGUCGAGGGCGGCGAAGGGUCUGGGGAUGGCUGCAGCUCAGAGGACUCAGGCUCAGGGCCCGGCGCGGUGCUGUCGCUGGGCGCCUGCUGCCUGGCAUUGCUGCAGAUAUUCCGCUCUAAGAAGUUCCCGUCGGACAAGCUGGAGCGGCUGUACCAGCGCUACUUCUUCCGCCUGAACCAGAGCAGUCUCACCAUGCUCAUGGCGGUGCUGGUGCUCGUGUGUCUUGUCAUGCUGGCCUUCCACGCGGCGCGGCCCCCGCUCCAGCUGCCCUACCUGGCCGUGCUGGCGGCCGCUGUGGGAGUGAUCCUCAUUAUGGCUGUGCUCUGCAACCGCGCAGCCUUCCACCAGGACCACAUGGGCCUGGCCUGCUACGCGCUCAUCGCGGUGGUGCUGGCCGUCCAAGUGGUGGGCCUUCUGCUGCCGCAGCCGCGCAGCGCCUCCGAGGGCAUCUGGUGGACGGUGUUCUUCAUCUACACCAUCUACACCCUGCUGCCCGUGCGCAUGCGGGCUGCAGUGCUCAGCGGGGUGCUCCUGUCUGCUCUCCACCUGGCCAUCGCCCUGCGAACCAACGCCCAGGACCAGUUCCUGCUCAAACAGCUCGUCUCCAAUGUCCUCAUUUUCUCCUGCACCAACAUCGUGGGCGUCUGCACUCACUACCCGGCCGAGGUCUCCCAGAGACAGGCCUUCCAGGAGACUCGGGAGUGCAUCCAGGCACGACUCCACUCGCAGCGGGAGAACCAGCAGCAGGAACGGCUCCUGCUAUCUGUCCUUCCCCGUCACGUUGCCAUGGAGAUGAAAGCAGACAUCAAUGCCAAGCAGGAGGACAUGAUGUUCCACAAGAUUUACAUUCAAAAACAUGACAACGUGAGCAUCCUGUUUGCUGACAUCGAGGGCUUCACCAGCCUGGCCUCCCAGUGCACUGCCCAGGAACUGGUCAUGACCCUCAACGAGCUCUUCGCCCGCUUUGACAAGCUGGCUGCGGAGAAUCACUGUUUACGUAUUAAGAUCCUGGGGGAUUGUUACUACUGUGUCUCGGGGCUGCCUGAAGCCAGGGCUGACCAUGCCCACUGCUGCGUGGAGAUGGGCAUGGACAUGAUCGAGGCCAUUUCGUUGGUCCGGGAGGUGACUGGGGUGAACGUGAACAUGCGCGUGGGAAUUCACAGCGGGCGAGUACACUGCGGUGUCCUUGGUCUCAGGAAGUGGCAGUUCGACGUCUGGUCUAACGACGUCACGCUGGCCAACCACAUGGAGGCUGGGGGCAAGGCAGGACGAAUCCACAUCACCAAGGCCACACUCAACUACCUGAACGGGGACUACGAAGUGGAGCCCGGCUGUGGGGGCGAGCGCAACGCCUACCUCAAGGAGCACAGCAUAGAGACUUUCCUCAUCCUGCGCUGCACCCAGAAGCGGAAAGAAGAGAAGGCCAUGAUCGCCAAGAUGAACCGCCAGAGAACCAAUUCCAUCGGGCACAACCCACCACACUGGGGGGCUGAACGCCCGUUCUACAACCACCUGGGCGGCAACCAGGUGUCCAAGGAGAUGAAGCGGAUGGGCUUUGAAGACCCAAAGGACAAGAAUGCCCAGGAAAGUGCAAACCCUGAGGAUGAAGUGGAUGAGUUUCUGGGCCGGGCCAUUGACGCCAGGAGCAUCGACAGGCUGCGAUCUGAGCACGUCCGGAAGUUCCUCUUGACCUUCAGGGAGCCUGAUUUAGAGAAGAAGUACUCCAAGCAGGUAGAUGAUCGAUUUGGUGCCUAUGUUGCCUGUGCCUCGCUCGUCUUCCUCUUCAUCUGCUUCGUCCAGAUCGCCAUUGUGCCCCACUCCGUGUUCAUGCUGAGUUUCUACCUGACCUGUUUCCUGCUGCUGACCUUGGUGGUAUUUGUGUCUGUGAUCUACUCCUGCGUGAAGCUCUUCCCCGCCCCGCUGCAGAUCCUCUCCAGGAAGAUCGUGCGGUCCAAGAUGAACAGCACCCUGGUUGGGGUGUUCACCAUCACCCUGGUGUUCCUCUCGGCUUUUGUCAACCUGUUCAUGUGUAACUCCAAGGACCUGGUGGGCUGCCUGGCGGAGGAGCACAACAUCAGUGUGAGCCAGGUCAACGCGUGCCAUGUGCUGGAGUCAGCCUUCAACUACAGCCUGGGCGAUGAGCACGGCUUCUGCGGCAGCCACUGGCCCAACUGCAACUUUCCCGAGUACUUCACCUACAGCGUGCUGCUCAGCCUGCUGGCCUGCUCCGUGUUCCUGCAGAUCAGCUGCAUCGGCAAGCUGGCGCUCAUGCUGUCCAUCGAGCUCAUCUAUGUGCUCAUCGUCGAGGUGCCCGGUGUCACACUCUUUGACAAUGCCGACCUGCUGGUCACCGCCAACGCCAUAGACUUGAGCAACAACGGGACCUCCCAGUGCCCUGAGCAUGCGACCAAGGUGGCCCUGAAGGUGGUGACGCCCAUCAUUAUUUCAGUCUUCGUGCUGGCCCUGUACCUGCACGCCCAGCAGGUGGAGUCCACUGCCCGCCUUGACUUCCUCUGGAAACUGCAGGCCACAGAGGAGAAGGAGGAGAUGGAGGAGCUGCAGGCCUACAACCGGCGGCUGCUGCACAACAUCCUGCCCAAGGACGUGGCCGCCCACUUCCUGGCCCGGGAGCGCCGCAAUGACGAGCUCUACUACCAGUCCUGCGAGUGCGUGGCCGUCAUGUUCGCCUCCAUCGCCAACUUCUCGGAGUUCUACGUGGAGCUGGAGGCCAACAACGAGGGCGUCGAGUGCCUGCGGCUGCUCAACGAGAUCAUUGCCGACUUUGACGAGAUUAUCAGCGAGGACCGUUUCAGGCAGCUAGAAAAGAUCAAGACCAUCGGCAGCACCUACAUGGCCGCCUCCGGCCUCAACGACUCCACCUACGACAAGGUGGGCAAGACGCACAUCAAAGCCCUGGCCGACUUCGCCAUGAAGCUGAUGGACCAAAUGAAGUACAUCAAUGAGCACUCCUUCAACAACUUCCAGAUGAAGAUUGGGCUCAACAUCGGCCCUGUGGUGGCUGGGGUGAUUGGAGCUCGCAAGCCUCAGUAUGACAUCUGGGGAAAUACAGUGAACGUGGCCAGCCGCAUGGACAGCACUGGCGUGCCUGACCGCAUCCAGGUCACUACGGACAUGUACCAGGUGCUGGCUGCCAACACAUACCAGCUGGAGUGCCGCGGUGUGGUCAAGGUCAAGGGGAAAGGCGAGAUGAUGACCUACUUCCUCAAUGGAGGGCCCCCGCUGAGUUAGCAGCUGCCAGCAGUGGUGCCAGCAGCCUGGCCUCCAGAGGAACGGAAGCGGCUUCGCUGUGUGCCGCGUGGGCAGGUGGGGAGCCUGCGCUCCAGCCACGUGGUCACGCUGGUGAGAUUUCCCACUUUGACUUGGAAGCAGCCUCUGCCCUGGCUGGUGGGCGUGGCCUCCGGCCCAGGCCCUGGGUGCCAGCGUCCUGUAAGCACCAAGCUGACCAAAGAUGUUUCCCUCUGCAGAAGACUCCGCCGGACUUGAGCUCAGCCUCGAGUUCUCUGACAGGUGCUGCCGCUGAAGGGUGGAGGGCGCUGCUGGAGCUUUCGCAGCCCAGCGCACAGCGGCAGGCCCGCGGAGGGCCUCAGCCUAGGUGGGUGGGUAGACGGGCUGGACGCUGCCCUGGGGGUACUCGGGGUCCCCCGGGGGUCUGUUUUCCACAUGAGCCUUUAAACUUCAGACAGAGGCUGCAGCCCCUGCUUCCUGGCGGUGCUCUGAGGCAGGAGAGCUGGGUUUGUAGGAGCCGUGGCCUUCGCCGCCAUCCUCUGCCCAUGCGUCCACGCACACAGACUGUGCCCAGUGAGGGAAACAGGACUCAUUAUGAGGGGGAGGCGAGAGGACGCCAAGCAAGCAGUGGUGGCUCUGAGAAAAAGAAAAUAUUUAUUAAAUAAAACAAAACAAGUUUUCUGUGCC